ACUCGCUUCACUACCGUCUUAUCCGCUCCUACCCUUUCAAGGAUGUUGAUAUCACGAGCCUCCGUCCCCGACAUUGAAGUGGAAGACCUGUCGGCCUAUACGAAGGAGGUCGAGCAGAAUGCUGACGGAAAGUCAGUCCUGACUCGGCGCGCGCUCAUAGCCCAGCAACAGGUUCUUCGUCCUUAUUGCUCAUCGAUGCCUCAACGCAUUUUGACCGCAUGAACAGGAAAUGAGAGAAUGGAUCAAACAAUAUCCUCCUAUGCAACAACUUCCUGCCAAACUCGAUGCAGAAAUCACGCACACGGGCGCUCUCCUUUCCUUCGGCCUCGGUAUCACUUACGAGCAUCUCCUUGCUUACGCGGCAAAGCGCAACAUCCGGGCUUCGUGGGCGCCCGAUGAAGCCAUCACCAGCCCCGUAGUCGCGUGGGUUCGAAUUGCCAGGCUGUUCAUGGAGAGGAUCCCUGGUUUCCUGGUGUACUACCGUCGGCCGUUCUCGGUACACUACGAGGGGCUCCUCGCGCUCUACUCGAACCACUCGAUGCGGGAACUGCAGCGCCGCGGGGAGGCACACGAGAAGAGGAUUAUCGAGUUCCUGCAGAAAGAGAUGGAGCUCGACUCGACGCCAAUGUGGUACUGGGACAUGGAUUAUACUUCGUACUACUGAACUGCGUUGACAGUGAGUGGCCUUCGGUUAUGUGCAGUCGCCUCUCUCAUAGGAUACACAGCUUUCACUCUAUCGACGUUUGUUCUUAGUCUUCGUGACCGACUUCAUACAGACUAUAAAAGCUUCUCUCUCGCUCUUUCGUUAUCGCUACCGCGCUUUGUCGCUGCUUUCACUCGCAGAUUUGUGGCCUCUGUACUGAGGAUCUUUGUAUUGACUGUUGUGAUGGAUUUCAAUGUCAAAUUCACAUAACUG